AUGGACAAUUCUAUCGCAAAAUCGCCUAAAUCGCUGCAAACUGCAUGGAAGUGGACGCUUACAAAAGAAGCCCUUGCACCGUGCUUCGUGAGGGACGCACUUGCCAUGAAGGAGAGCGGCCUCAAAGGCAGGUACAUUGUCCAACAUGCAGACUUCUUUUGGCUUGGACGCGUCCCUUGUCGUUCGGUGCUUAUUGUUGGAGUAGUCGUUGGGAUACAAGUAUACGAGAAACGUACAGUCUAUUCGGUGGACGACGGGACCGGAGUAAUUGAUUGUGUCCUUCGGCAUCCAACUCGUCAAACUGUUGCCCCCCAAAGUAACAAAAACAAUAUAAAUACUUCACGCCUUGCACCGGUGGUAGCUCAGAAAGAUCCCGAAUCUCAUCCCCCACCUCCACCUCCACCUGUGACGGAGAUCGGAUACGCUGUCAGGGUGGCUGGAAAACUUAUGAGGCGUUUUGAAACCAGACAGAUUAUGGCAGACACUCUAGAACCUUGUGGCCCAAAUCUCGAGCUUUUUCAUUGGGAUCAUGUCAAGGUUUUACAUGAAACAUCAUAUUCUUUGAAAGAUCCUUUUAUUAUUCCUGCUUUCCCAUCUCGCUCCCCACCCCGUGCAUAUGCUCAGCCAAUUCCUCCUUCAAACCACAUAGCAUCGCCCAAUUCCAGGUUUCCCGCGCCAUCUUCGCCUACAGGAAGCAGCACAGCGGAAUCUAUAUCGUCUUCUGUAGCCUCUAGUCCUACUAAACCAUCACGUUUCCAGUCUGCUCCUAAGUUGCGCCACCCCUCACGCUUACACUCUCGCGACCUUACUGAAAUUACGUUCCGUUUUUAUCUUAAACAUUACAUGGAUAAUGCCCCAUCGGAGCUGCAAGAUAAUGUGACUGAAAACUUGGAUGAUCGUGCAAGCGAAGAAGACGUGUUUCAGGCCACACCCACCAAACGCAGAUUAUCUCAUACCUUCCACGGGCAGUCACUGGAGACUCCCCGUCCGAAACAUAACAAUUGCGCGAUUAGUACGCCUCGACCCCCUGUGCAAUCGCCUUCCAUUUCCAUACCUCAGCACUCCCGUAUUCAUACCUCACGGAGACAAAAAGACACUGACCCAUCCUCACACACUUACGGCUUCACGCUCUCUUACCUCCGGCGUGUACCUGAGUUAGCAUUGCUUGCAUCACGUGUUGUACGCGCAGAAGCCAAGAGACGGCUUCGUGCUGAACGGGAGGAGAAGAUGACGCGCCCGACAGCAUCAAGUCACUCCCGCACAUCAUCGCAUGCAAAGCCGAAACAGAAUGAACCUUCACGUUUAAAGAUGAAGCGUCUUUUCGGAUGGGCACUUGUCAAGCUCUAUGAGGAGGGUAGCAUUAUACUCUGGGACGGGCCUGUUCGAAAAGCUCCCACUGGCCUCUCAGAUUCACAGGACUGUCAGGGCGAGACCAGCGCACUGUGGAAAACAGCAAAUAGCACCAUGUUUUCGGUAUCAUCUACUUCGUCAUCCUCUGUACUUGCGUUAGAUGAAGACGAGGAAGACGCUCAGUUGUCGGACCCAGAGGAGAACGAAGAAUCAUAUGUGCCACUGACCCCUGCUUUACUCGCCGCACAUGUACGCCAUGCGCUACAAGCUAUGCAGGCUCAUCCCCGGGGGCGGGGUAGUGGUAAAGAACCAAGCAGCGAGGAAGUGGCAAUAUACCUUCGCCGUCGAGAUGCGCGUUGGGCGCGGGUCGGCGCUUGGGUGGUGAAGGAAGCGAUGGAUCUUGUUCAUGUCGAAGGAUUCGACCUUUGA